AUGGCGACGAAGCCGAUGCCGGCUACGAGUCCUUCGCGUUCCAACUCUCUUGAUGCAGGAGGAGCUGUGCUGAGAGCUCUUGCGCGUUCUCCUCACUACAAUGAAAAUCUGCAUCAUCUUGACGAGAUCCAGCCCGUGCCGCCGUUAGAUCUUAAUGCCCAAGCCGACAAUAGUUCCAUCUACCAUCUCCUCGUGGUCAAAUGGGAAAUCCCCCGAAAGUUAUUCCAUGCGACACCCGGAUUUGUUGUUUUGUGGCUUUACUGGAGCCGGACCGACCUGGAUAAGAUCGUUCAAGUCUUGUUUUAUAUGUUCCUUUUCAUAUCAACUGCCGAUUUAUUGCGGCUCAAUUUCAUCGGAUUUGAGCACUGUUACGAAUCAGUACUUGGUGUUUUCAUGCGUGAUGGAGAGAAAGAGCGCGUCAACGGUGUUAUUUGGUAUCUUAUUGGCGUUAUGGUGAGUCUGCGCCUUUUCCCCGAAGACAUUGCAUCCGUGUCAAUCAUGAUCUUGUCAUGGUGUGAUCCAUGUGCAUCCACAUUUGGUCGGUUGUUUGGUAAACGCACUCCCUCACUGCCCUCGCCUCUCUUUGCACGUCGCAAGUCGUUGGCUGGAUUUAUUGCCGCUACUAUCAUGGGAACAUUUGUUGCUUAUCUUUUCUGGGGCACAAGCAUUGCUCAGCAUGGUGAACGCUCGUCGGGUCUAUCUUGGACACCCAAGGGACACGCUCGAUUUGGCACAUCCCUCAUGCCAGACGAUUUUCGUACUGGAUGGCGUGGAUUUUCUCGCGGCUUUGCUUCAGCGGACCCCGACGUGGGCCUCAGCAUAAAGACUUUGUUUCAGUCUCAGGCUCCUGCCAUCCCCCCUCUUGCCAUGUAUAUCACAUGUGGUCUCAUUGCAGGUGUCACUGAGGCGCUUGAGAUGGGUGGUCUCGAUGACAACAUUUCCAUCCCCAUCCUUAGCUCAUUUCUAAUUUGGAUGGUCUUGUGGGUUUGGGGCUUGAUGUCCACCGCCUGA